GCACGUACCUUGCAGAGAAACAUCCACGGACCAACAUCUGCAGUCCAACAAUUGCAUAAUAGAUCACUCUCACGAUGGAUGUCGACGAAGAUGAUGAUUUCUAUGCGGCCGAGGGCGAUUCUGCGAAAGCCGUUGAAGAACAGAGUGAGGAACCAGCUCAAUCAGCGCCCCAGCCAGAGCAACAGGACGAGGACCUGGAGGAAGGAGAGGAAGAAGACGAGGCAGUGUCAGAAGGGAGCGACUCUGACAUAGAUAUCAUCACAGAACGAAAAGAUGGUAGCAAACUUGCCCCGCCAGUAGCCCAGCCGCGUUAUAAUGAUAUUCGAAAUAUACCACAAAGGACCGCCUCGAGCGACGUCGCUACCAAACCUUCUCCAGCAAAGAAAGAAGUGGCUAAUAAGAGUGCCCCUCCAGCCUCUGGAGCAGACCUUCCCGGUGUCUCGACAUCGGAAAUCGAUAUUGAUGGGAAGCCCGUCUAUGAGCCUGCAGGAAAGCCCAUCACCCAAGUCAACAUUGACCUAGACCUUCCAGAUAAUGAUAAACCAUGGCGCCGGCCAGGAACUGAUGUCAGUGACUACUUCAAUUAUGGUUUCGACGAAUUCACUUGGGCUCUCUACUCCAGCAAGCAAGAUUCUCUAAGAUCCGAAUACAACCAGGAGAAGAUUGCCGAGAACAACAAGAAGAUGUUCGAGGAGAUGAAUAUGAUGAUGGCCAUGGGGGCUAUGCCAGGAAUGAUGCCGGGAGCGUCAGGAACUGGCGCCAUGUCUGGAAUGGAAGGAAUGCCCCCAGAGAUGCAACAAAUGAUGCAACAGAUGAUGGCCUCGGGAGUUGACCCAAGUCAGAUGGACCCAGCCACCAUGUUUGCCAGCAUGCAGGGAGGCCAAGCCAGUACUGGAGGUGCAACCGGAGCUCAGACGGGCAAUCAAGCUCAAGGUUUUGGAGGUCAAGGAGGAUUUGGUCAAGGACAGAAUCAAUACGGCUACGAUCAGGGAAUGAUGAACUCUGGCGAUGCACGGAACCGCGGUGGAAACUUUGGCAGAGGUCGUGGGAAGGGAAGAUGGUAAUUCAUUGUAUAUCUUUUCACUGGCGUUACGGAACUGGAAAAAACAUUGACCGGCGGCGUCUAGUUAAUCCGGCACCGGAUCUCGGCUCGGAUCUCGCCUCUGCUAGUUCAGGGGCGAUGCCUCUAGAGCAGGUGGUCUCUCUUCAGGCAACCUGCCUGUAGGCAAUAUCAGUUUAGAUGGUGGUUAUUUGGACACUGGAAUCUACACAGUGCAUUGCUGUUGAAACUGGACAAUAUGCAAAUGCAAUGAUAAACAACUGAAGAACAACAAUAUUCUCUCGCUUAAUCUUGUGCAUGAGACAGGAAGACAACCUAGGUAGCACCAAUACAUCAGCUAUUGACUCCUGC